AUGAUGGUGGCGGCAGUGACGGCGCGGCCCCCGUCGCACGCGGCGGCAUCAGGCGCUUCGGCGGGAUGGUUGUGGCCGUUGAUUGGCACUGCUGCGUCGAUCGCCUUCGCGUCCGCCUUCUCGCUCACUCUCCGCAUCCUGCGCGGACUCUCCGCGUCGCGCACCGCCGCGCUGCAUCCCCCCCAGGCCAUUCUCGUGCUGGGAGGGAAUCGGUAUAGGGAACGGCUGGCUGGGAGAUUCGCUGCCCUAUUGGCUGCCCCACACCAACCCGACGGCACACUCGACUCCCUCCCUCCCGCGCACGCUGCAGCAAGUGGGAAGCUUCCAGUGUUCAUUUCGUCAGGCAAUGAUGACGCUGCUGACGUCAUGAUGAGGGAGGGAGUGGCUGCCGGGCGGUUACGGGUGGAUAACCACGCGCUGGACACGGUUACCAAUUUCACGGAAAUGUUACGGACUUUCCAGAGGUUGAAAAUAACGCAUGUGCUGGUGGUGACUUCGGAUUACCACAUGCCGCGCGCGGCUAUGAUGGCAAAGAUUGUGCUUCAAACGCAUGGGAUCGCGUUCUCUACAGUAACGCUUCCGAGUAGACCAGAGACGUGCAAGAAAGGUGGGGCAAGCGAAACAAUGGUGCACGUUUCUUCUCCGAAUCGCAUUAUGAUUCACCAUGUCUUCCUCGCGUGCGUGCUGGUCCUCGCCUCUCCGCAAUUCGCGGCGGCUCGCACCACCGCAUCAGCCGUGGCGAUGGGUGACGUGGCAGAAGAGACAAAACGCGCCGCCUUAACUGUUCCGCGCCACGUGUCAGCCGAACCCGUAGCCACCGCGCCGGGCCAGGCUCCGGAAUUCUCGCUGAUGCGAUCCGACGUGGCGGCCAACGCGUCGUUUGCUUACGCGGCAAUCCUGUACAUGGGCACGCCACGAGACUACGAGUAUUACGUGGCGACACGUGUCAUGCUGCAGACCGUCCGACGCACGGGCACCGUCGCGGAUCUCGUCGUGCUGGCAUCCGAAGACGUCCCUGCCACGUGGACCAAUACGCUCAAGAAGGAAGGGGUGCGCGUGGUGAGGGUCAGCAACAUCCCCAACCCCUACCGGGGCAGUGCGGCCUUCAACCCGCGCUUCCCCUUCGCCCUUAACAAGCUGCUCGCGUGGCGCCUGCGCGAGUACAAGCGAGUCGUGCUUUUGGAUGCAGAUAACCUUGUGAUGAAGAAUGUGGACGAGCUGUUUCAGUGUGGCAGCAUGUGCGCAGUCUUCAUCGACCCGUGCACCUUCCACACUGGGCUGAUCGUGCUUAAGCCGUCAGUGAAGGUGUUCAAGGACAUGAUGCAGCAGCUGCGCUCCCUCCCGUCACACGAUGCAGCGGAUCAAGGCUUCCUCAACCGCUACUUCCCCACGCUGCUCGCCUCACCGCUUUUCGUGCCUCCCGAGGACGGCUCGUCACUCAAAGGGCAAUUCAGACUGCCCAUGGGGUACCAGAUGGACGCCAUCUUCUACAAUUUGAAGUUCAAGUGGGAGGUGCCAUGCUCAGACAACAAGAUAAUCACCUUCCCCGGAAUCGCGCACUUAAAGCCCUGGUUCUGGUGGUCCUACCCGCUGCUCGCCCUCUCCCUCCACUGGCAUUCCUGGCGCCUCGCCACCAUUGGCUACUCCUCCCACCUCCCCGCCUGCCUCUCGGCCGGCGUCUUUUGGCUCGUAGUGCUCGCGCUCAGCCACGUCAUCUCCCGGGCGGCAGCCGACCCGUCCUCGAUUUUAUACCGCCUCACGAGGUGGUUUAAAGCCCUGGUUGGAGCCACAGCAGCGAUUUUCUGGCUGCUACAGUACCUGGUGGUGGCGCUUAUUGUCUUGGGAUUGCCGGUUUACUCGGCUUUGGUGUUUAAGUUGUGUGUGAUGCACCUGCUCGCGUUUGGAGCGGGAGCGGUGCUGCUGGUGCAGGUGCAAGCGCUGCAGUUUGGGUUCCUCACAGGGGCUGGUUUGGCACCUAGGCCUACUAGCUCAUCGGGUGGCCGAUCACUCUUAGAUUAG